AUGCUGCGAAUCUCAAGUUCCAGGUUACAAGGCAUUGCGCACCGAACAUCGUACAUCGUCCUUCAUUGCGGCCCAUCGUCAACAGCUCGUUCUCCCGGCCUACGUUGCAUACGCAUGCGAUCGUCGCUCGGGUUGCAGCGGCUUGUUGCAGGUCCCACUUUGGUACGAUCAGGUGGGGUGUUUGCUGCAUGCCGCCAUCGAACGACCUGCUGCCUGUCUAGGCCACUCUCUCUCCCUGCACAAGCAAGGGACCAGACAUUCACACCUCCGAAUCCUCGUCGAUCAGCACAUACCCUUGUCCCAAAAGCGCGUGAUAGAAGAGUUGCCCGUCGGACAGCUUACGACAUACCACAACAAUACCAAAGCAUACGAUACUGUAGCAGCGAAGCUUCGAGCUUGCUAGUAAAGAUGGCCUCGGACAGGGACGUCUUGCCAGAAGAUGUCAAGCCCAUCAACUAUGCCAUCUCCCUCAAGGACCUCAAGGCAGGCGAGCCAUGGACCUACCAAGGAACAGUUGACAUCACCAUAGACAUCAGAAACGCUACAAAAGAGAUUGUGCUCAACACACAUCAGCUCAAAGUGCACUCUGCAGAGGUUGUCACAGACUCCGGCAAGCAGUCAUCGUCAGUACAAGCCUCCAGCAUUAGUUUCGAUGAGAAGUCCCAACGAUGCAUUCUUUUGUUCGACCAAGCGCUGGAAAAGUCGCCCAAGGCAUUGCUUGCCAUAAGCUUCGAGGGUGUUAUGAACGACUCAAUGGCUGGAUUCUACCGAUCGAAGUACCAACCUACGGUGGAGGCGUCGAAAGGUGUAGCCAGGGACGACAAGAACCACUACAUGUUCUCGACGCAGUUCGAGAGCUCCGACGCUCGCAGAGCAUUUCCCUGCUUCGACGAGCCAAACCUCAAGGCGACCUUCGACUUCGAGAUUGAGAUCCCAGACGACCUCGUGGCAUUGAGCAACAUGCAAGAGAAGAAUACUAGGAAGAGCAAGGACGGACACAAGAUGGUGAGCUUCGACAGGACCCCAAUCAUGUCGACAUACCUACUUGCGUGGGCAUUCGGCGACUUUGAGUACAUCGAGGACUUCACGAGGAGGAAGUACAAUGGACAAAGCUUGCCCGUGCGUGUGUACACGACCAAAGGAUUGAAGUCACAGGGCAAGCUAGCAUUGGAGAGCGCCCAUCAGAUAGUCGAUUACUUCUCAGAGAUCUUCCAGAUCGAUUACCCACUACCGAAAGUGGACCUGCUUGCAGUACAUGAGUUCUCGCACGGAGCCAUGGAGAACUGGGGUUUGAUCACAUACCGUACCACAGCUGUACUCUACGAUGAGGUCAGCUCUGAUCAGAAGUACAAAAACCGAGUGGUGUAUGUUGUCGCCCACGAGCUGGCUCACCAAUGGUUCGGGAACCUGGUUACGAUGGACUGGUGGAACGAGCUCUGGCUAAACGAAGGCUUCGCCACUUGGGUCGGCUGGUACGCUGUGGACCACUUGCAUCCAGAUUGGAAUGUCUGGGGACAGUUCGUCACCGAGGGCAUGCAGCAAGCUUUCUCGCUCGACGGCCUUCGCACAAGUCACCCUAUCGAAGUCCCUGUCAGUAACGCGCUUGAGGUCGAUCAGAUUUUCGACGCCAUAAGCUACCUCAAGGGAAGUUCGGUCAUUCGUAUGCUGGCAGCACAUCUCGGAGUGAAGACGUUCUUGCAAGGCGUCGCGGAUUAUCUCAAGGCCCACACUUACUCUAACGCCACUACAAGCGAUCUCUUCUCUGCGCUGAGUAAAGCUUCUGGCCAGGAUGUGAACACUUUCAUGGAGCCGUGGAUUCGAAAGAUUGGUUUCCCCGUGGUUACAGUGGCUGAAGAACCUGGCCAGCUCAGCUUUAGGCAGUCAAGAUUCUUGACCGCCGGUGAGGUCGAGGCAAAAGAGGAUGAGACUGUCUGGUGGAUACCACUGGGCCUCAAGACUGGACCACAAGCCACCGACGCUCAGCGUGAGCCUCUCACGACGAAAGAGGACACUUACCGCGACAUCGACACUGACUUCUACAAGGUCAACGCUAACCAGACUGGCUUCUAUCGCACUAACCUGCCUCCUCAGAGAUUAGCUGCACUUGGUAAGGGUCUCGACAAGCUGUCUGUUGAAGACAAGAUCGGACUCAUUGGAGAUGCAGGCGCUCUUGCAGUCGCAGGCGAAGGCACAACGCCCGCUGUCUUGUCACUGCUCGAAAGCUUCGAGAACGAGUCCAGCUAUCUGGUCUGGAGUCAAGUGCUCUCCAGCCUGGGCAAGAUCCGCUCCACUCUCGCAUCCGACAAGCAGGUUUCAGAAGCUCUCAAAGCUUUCACUCUCAAGCUUAUAUCACCAGCAGUAGAGAAGAUCGGAUGGGAGUUCAAAUCAGGCGACGACUUCCUGACAGGCCAGCUUCGUACACUUCUUAUCACACAGGCUGGAUUGGUAGGUCAUGAGAAGGUUGUUGCGGAAGCUCAGAGACAGUUCAAGGCCUUCACCGGUGGCGAUCAGAAAGCCAUUCACCCUUCGCUCAGAUCUGCCGUGUUCGUCACAGCCAUCAGGGCUGGUGGUACAGAUACAUACGAAGCUCUGAAGAGUGAGUAUCAGACGACCAAGUCUGUGGAUGGCAAGGAGAUUACGCUAAAGGCCAUGGGCUCGGUACAAGAGGAACAGCUCGCCUUGGACUACCUAAACUGGGCGCUCAACGGUGGCACCGCUAUCCAGGACAUCCACAACGUGGGCAUGCCUCUUGGAAGCAACUCGAAGGUGCGACACGUGGUAUGGGAGUUUGUGAAGUCGAACUGGCCUACCCUCAGAGAAAAGCUCGGUGCGAACAUGGUUGUACUGGAGCGCUUCCUCCGCGUUAGCUUGAUGCAGAUCACGGAGGAGAACAUUCGCCAAGACAUUGAGAAGUUCUUCGCCGACAAGGAUAACAAGGGAUACGACAGAGGACUCGCGGUCGUCAACGAUACUAUCCUGGGCAAUGCGAAGUACAAGGAGCGCGCACUCGAAGGGACACGCGAGUGGCUGAACGCUCAUGGGUACAUCAAGUAG